AUGUCGGCCUUGCAAUAUAAAGUCCCCGCCUUCAAUGAUCUCAAGAAGCUCCUCGACUCAGCUCUAUCUCAGCUCCAGAAAAAAGAUGUCUUUACCAUCUCACCUACGGGCUCUGGCAAGACUUUGACAUUCUGGAUUCCAAUGCUCUGCAAUGAUGGUGGAGUCACCAUUAUCAUCACACCAUUAAACAUACUCGGUGACAAGAAUGAGACCGAAGUUCGUGCCAUGGGCAUCAGUGCCAUGAACUUGACAGCCACAACUGCAACAGAUGAGGUAUUCAAGGAUAUCGAAGACCUCAAAUACCGUGUGAUUGGUGUCAGUCCAGAGCGUAUCCUGCAAGACCAAUGCUUUCGGAUGUUAUGGAAGUCGAAGAAGUUCACUGGAAAGCUGUUUAACAUUACUAUAGACGAAGGGCACUGUGUCAGCGAGUGGGGAGAUGGAUUCUGA